AUGUCCUUUCAAUCAAAACCUGAUGAAUGGAAGUGUGAAGGAUUUGACAUUUCAAUAUUUCAGAGAGCUCAGACAAUGGUCUUCGCAAUUGAGGAGAUCAAUAAGGAUCCACACCUUCUACGUAACAUCACCUUGGGUUAUAUACUUUAUGAUAACUGUGUGAAGCUGCCAGUUUCACUCAGAGCAGCUACAGCUUUAAUUGGGGGUCUGGACGGAGUGUUCACUGAUUACAAUUGUCAAGGACUUCCUCCAGUUCUUGCUAUUGUAGGGGACCCCACCUCAACCAACUCUAUUGCCAUUUCCAGGCUCCUUGGAGUUUUCCAUAUUCCAAUGAUCAGCUAUUAUGCAACAUGUCCCUGCUUAAGCAAUAAACAGGAACACCCUUCAUUUUUCAGAACAAUCCCAAGUGAUGCUUUUCAGGUGAAAGCAAUGGUUGAGAUAAUAAAACAUUUUAGGUGGACCUGGAUAGGUGCCAUAGCAAGUGAAGACGACUAUGGGCAGUAUGCUAUUACAACGUUCAGUGAAGAAAUCAGGAAUAUUGCAUGCAUUUCAUUCAUGGAGACAAUCCCCAAAGUAAAUCAAAAGCCUAAAAUUCUUACAAUAUUAAAUAAAAUCAGACAGUCCACUGCAACUGCCAUUAUUAUUUUUGCAUCAGGGGUUGAUAUAACUGCUCUGGUUAAAGAAAUUGUCCUUCAGAACAUUACUGGAAAACAGUGGAUUGCAAGUGAUGGAUGGAGCACCUCAUCUGCCUUAGCUAAAAAGGAAAACUUUCCCUCAUUUGGUGGGACAAUUGGUAUUACUAUUCGUAGAGGUGAAAUUCCAGGUCUAGAAAAAUUUCUUCUUCAGGUUAAACCUAAUUUUGACUUAAAUAAUCAGUUAAGUAUUCAGUUCUGGGAAGCAAUGUUUGAAUGCACAUUCCAAGGAAAUAAAACUAAUCAAGUACUUCCAAGUAAAAUAUGUACAGGAACAGAGAAAUUAGAGAUCACACAAACAGCCUACUCUAAUGUAUUGCAGUUACGAGGCUCUUACAACGUAUAUAAAGCUGUAUAUGCUCUGGCACAUGCACUGCAUAAUAUGAUAUCUUGUGAAAAUGGAACAGGACCAUUCAAGAAUAACACUUGUGCAAAUGUCCAAAAUAUCCAGCCAUGGCAACUUCUACAUUACCUGAGACAUGUCAAUUUCACUAAUCAUUUAGGAGAAACAGUGGCAUUUGAUGAAAAUGGAGAUGUACUUGGAAUUUAUGACAUUGUGAACUGGCAGUGGACUGCUGGGGGUUAUGUCAAAAUCCAAACUAUUGGCUCGUUUGAUCAGUCAUCUACUCAUGGAAAAGGACUCUUUUUGAAUGAAAGCAACAUACAGUGGAAUUUUGAUUCUGGAAAGUCUGCAGUAACAGCUGCCAACCAGGCACUAGAAAAGCCUUUAGGAAAGGAGAGCCAAUCUGCUGUUUUGACUGUGUCCCCUGUGCGGAUGGUGAAAUCAGCAGUCAUUAUGAUUCCAUUGAAUGUAUUCAAUGUCCUCGUGACCAAUGGUCGAAUCCAGGCAGAAACUGCUGUUUGCUCAAAGAAGUUGAGUUUCUUUCAUACAGUGAUGCCAUGGGAAUCACCUUAA